AUGUUUCUCAAGCUCUCUACAUGGGCUCUGGUGCUCUCAGCAGCUUCAAAUGUCCUGACAUCUCCGCUUUUACCACGCAGCUACAAACGAAGCGCGGAGCCCCAUCUCGUUGACCGUCAAUUCGAGUGUCCCGGUGGUGAGUGCGGCCCCGGACCGGAAUGCGCUACGAUAUUCUGUCACCUUCCCACAUGUGUGGAGGCCCCUCUCUGCAAGAACUUCACUUCGAAGCGAAACGCAGCAGCUACUCUGGUCGACCGUCAGCUCGACUGCCCCCCUGGAGUGGAGUGCGGCCCUGGCCCUGAGUGCAUCCUGGAGCUUUGUGACCUUCCCGGCUGUGCGGAUGCCGAGGUCUGCCAGGGCAACACAGACAAGAAACGAAGCGCCGAAUUGAAUCUUAUCGACCGCCAGUUCGAAUGUCCCUCUGGUGUGGAAUGUGGUCCCGGCCCUGAGUGCAUCCUGGAGCUCUGUGACCUUCCCGGCUGUGCGGAUGCCGAGGUCUGCCAGGGCAACACAGACAAGAAACGAAGCGCCGAAUUGAAUCUUAUCGACCGCCAGUUCGAAUGUCCCUCUGGUGUGGAAUGUGGUCCCGGCCCUGAAUGCACCCUGGAGCUCUGCGACCUUCCAGGGUGUGCGGAGGCUGAGGUCUGCCAAGAUAAGUCCAACCAAAAACGAAGUGCAGAGACAGAUAUUGCCCACCCAGUCUGCGAUAUAUGUAUGGUGGACGACAAUGGAAUCACUGUGUGUGGCUGCGCUACUCCCAGCGAAGGAGUAGAACGAAGGGGAACGGAGCAGCUAUGCCCCGAAUACUGCAUAACCACCCAGGAUGGGGAGUCUUUGUGUGGGUGCGCAGCUGAGGCGUAUGAGAAAUCGUUACAGGGUAUUGAGCGUAUGGCUUGA